AUUAUUCGAAAAGACUUGCAAAAUUUCAUAAAUUUGGUGCAAAAUGACGGUAGGCAUGGAUAACAUAAACAAGCUCCGUUGGAAGUUGGUCAUGAUACUAUUUGGCUUUAAUUUUUAAAACAGAAUAAUAAAGUACUAACACAACAUAUAACUGUUUUAUCCAGGUUUUUAUCUUAAAAAGUGGUAAAUUCAGAAAAUGUUAAUAUUUUCGCCUAUGGCAGAAUAAAUAGUACCGUUUUCCCUUGAAUUAGAUUGUCAAUUUAAUGUGUCUGUGUAAAGGGCUAAAUAUACGUGCUACUUUAUUAUGUGUUAGAGUAAUCUUUGUGGUAUAUCUAUUAGUUUUAUUAAAGGUAUUUUAAAUAUUCGGUAAUAUUGACAAUCAGACAAAUAUCUACAGGAGAGUGAAUGAUGUUGAUGUGACCAACUGAACUAUUAAUGCAAAAAUUAUUUCUAUCACGAUGAGUUUAGAAUGCAUGGGACGUAUGUUCGUGGCUUUGUUCAAUUUAUUUUUCAUGUCCCCUAGCCUUUCCUUGAUAGCUGCAGGUGUAGUUGCCAAACUAGCAUCGGAUAUGGAUUUUAUAAAUGGACUUGAAGAUCAAGUUAAAGAAUAUUUAAAUUCUACGACAGCGAAUAUUGGAACUUCAAACAACGGAAUCAACGAUUUGUCCAUUACUGAGUAUUUAGAUGGGAUGGCCCUUAUAUUCAUUAUUUCUGGUUGCGUUUUGUUUUUCUUGUCAUUUUGUGGUUGUUGUGGAGCCUUGUGCAAUUCUAAAACAGCAAUGACUAUCUACGCCAUGAUUAUAACAGUAAUAUUCGUUGCAGAAAUUAUUGUCGUGAUUUUACUGUAUGCUGCAAACACGAUUCAAGAUGCUAUCAAGGAUGUUUUAUUUGAAUCAUUGGAAAAUUAUAAAGGGCUAGGAAACUUUGAUGUUACAACACUUGGGUGGAUGUUUUUCAUGAAAGAGAUGAACUGUUGUGGUGUUAAUGGGUAUUGGGAUUUCAAUAGUACACACACAGAUAACUGGAGAAAACCUGGAUUGGUGAGCACUCACCUAGAUGCACCCAUCGUAUGCUGUGUUACAGAACCACUAAGCCCUUCUUAUACUGAUACAAGUUGUGCACGCGAAGAAACCUGUGAUAUUCAUACACAGGGAUGUUUUGCUGCAGUAUGGGACGCUAUAAUGGGCAACUCAUUGAUUACAGGAACAGUGUUUCCUGUGGCAUUUGUUUUCCAGUUGUUGCUGAUUAUAUUUUCGUGCAUGUUGAUCGCCGGACAUAAGGAUAAAAAGCAAACUGGCGGGAGCGUGUAUGUGGAUUAGAAUAUUAACGUAUUGUGACGUUUGAUGAGGGGAAAACGCUCGAUAAUUUGUAUCAAAAUAUUUCUUAUUUGAUUUAUAUGUUGUUGUAUUUUGACGAAAGUAUUGUACUUUCUGAAUUAUAUCAUUAUAUUUGUAUAACUUAGUUGAAGGGGAAUUUCGAUAAGCUUGACCAAGUGUUUUUUUUGUCGGUCACAAAUGCAUGAAUGUAACAAACAGACUUGUUUCUGGUUCCACGAGAAACAGUGUCUUGAAAUGAUUA